UUGUGAGAUUUGACCAAUCAAAUGUAUUUGCUCCCUCAGCGGUGUUUCUGCUGAACAUUCCCAUUUACGCUGGAUAGAUUGUCGUUACGCUGCGCAUGUCCUACAACACGUCACUUCACCAAUAAGUCUAAGUAAAUUUGAAAUAAAAAGUAACAUUUUUAAUAGUCUUUUUCAACGCACGAGAAAUUAAGAUUAGCUUAUUAUUAAAAUUCAUUUCAAAAUUAUAUGUUCGUUAAACAUAAAACAGAAAAGUUCUUAUUAAUCUUAAUCUGAGGAUGGUGAUUGGAUAAAUAUUAUGAGAUAGUUGAUAAAAGACUGAUAACCAUUCAUAAUAUCUACAGAAAGUUUAUUGUAUAUACAGUAAACGUUGAACAGAUGCCUGAGACUUGUGUUACUGUUGUGUGAAACAAUGAUCGUUAGCUAGAAUAGAUCAUUUACAAAAACCAAAUCUAAAAUCUCAUUCCCGGUAGCUAUUAGUAAAUACGUUCGAAUAACUUAUUUGAAAGCAAAUUCUAUAUUCCUUUGCAAUGUAUCACGUACGAGUUGGAUUUCGACUGUUUCCAAAAGUUCUAAAAUUUAAGUCUUUAAAGAAUGAUACAUGUACAAUAAUGACACAGAGUGAAAUUAUAUAUUCGGAUGAUGUUCUAACUGCCAAAAAGAAUGGUUGGCCCAUCGUUGCUUUAGAAUCAACGAUAAUCACCCAUGGUAUGCCGUAUCCUGACAACUUUAAUACUGCACUGAAAGUCGAAGAGACUGUACGGAAGCAGGGUGCCGUUCCAGCAACAAUAAGUAUUUUGGAUGGUAAAAUACAUGUUGGUACAAGUGAAGAGGAAAUUAAAAAAUUGUCAAAUUCUACAAGCAAUACAAUCAAAUGUUCAAGACGAGAUUUUCCACUUGUUAUUUCUGAAAAAUUGAAUGGUGGUACAACAGUCAGUGGCACUAUGUUAGUGGCCAAUUUGGCUGGCAUUCCAAUAAUGGCUACUGGUGGAAUUGGUGGUGUACAUCGAGGUGCUGAGUUAACAUUUGAUGUCAGUGCAGACUUAUCCGAGCUUGGCAGGACCCCUGUUGCGGUUGUAUGUGCUGGAGUUAAAGCCAUUCUUGAUAUUCCUAAGACUCUUGAAUACUUAGAAACACAAGGUGUUCCUGUUGUCUCUGUGGGAACUUCAAAUGCAUUUCCAGCAUUUUAUUGUCAUGAAACAAAGGAUAAAAUAAUAUCUCCCAUUCAUGUUUAUAAUUCUAAAGAUGCUGCUGAACUCAUAGCAGUACAGAGGAAACUACAAUUUCAUACAGGGAUCCUAUUAACAGUUCCUAUUCCAAAAGAAUAUUCGCUAGAUCCUAUGGAAUUAGAAAUUGCUAUUCAAGAUGCUUUAGAGCAAGCCAAAUGUAAUGGAAUCAGUGGAAAGAAUAUUACGCCAUUUCUUUUGCAAAAAGUUACAGAACUGACUGCUGGAGAAUCUCUUAGAGCUAACAAAGCUCUCAUUGAAAACAAUGCCAAAGUUGCUGCAGAAAUAGCAAAAGAGCUUUCUAUUAUACAAAACUUAUAUCCUCAGGCAUAUAAGAUUGCAAGUUCGUUCAAAGCAACAAAACCUCCAGUGGUGAUUGGUGGGAGCAUUUUCGAUACCAUUUUACAAGUGGAUGAGCCCAAGAUAAAAUUUGAUGGACGUAUGUAUAAGGGGCAGAGUCGAAAAAGUUAUGGCGGUGUAGCCCGAAAUAUUGCAGUUGCUUUAAAUAAUCUUGGCGUGAAUGGGACCAAAUUAUUAUCAGUUGUUGGAAAUGAUGAACCUGGAAAAGGGAUAAUUAAAAGCCUCCAGGGCAACGAAGAUAUGGUGCAAGUACUGAACACGGCAAAUACAGCCAGAUAUACUGCCAUAAUCAAUAACGCUGGCGAAUGUCUGUUCGGAAUUGGUGAAAUGGAUGCUUUUAGUGCAAUCAGUCCGGAUAUAAUAGUAAGACAUAAAACUAAUUUAGAGAAAUCUGGCCUUCUUAUUCUUGAUGGAAAUACAUCGUUGGAAACGAUACGCACUAUUAUGGACAUUGCCGCACAGUUCACGAUACCAGAUGCUUCUCGUUUGGGGAAAAACAAGCCGCCUGGUUUGUCCACCAGAGGUGCUGUGGACCUCAAGCAUGGUUCUAAACAGAAGUCGGAACGCUGCCCCGUCUCCGACAGCACGACACGACAACGACUAACGCUUCCGCCUAGUGCUUACGACAACGUCUUAUUGUAGAUAGACCUUAAAAGAACUGCCAAUAUCACCAACCUAAUUUUCUUUUAAAUGCACUUGUCAGUGAAGAUGAACUGAAUAUUCGAAAGACAGCUAGCUAUUUUAUUUGACAAAAAUAUUCGAAAUUAGUUUGAACAUGCUGCAAAUUCUAAAUAUUCAAAUAUUGUCUUAUCUGUAGUAGAAUAUCUUAAUAUCUAUAUUACUAUUUAUGGAAUAUUUCACCAACUGAAUACUAAAAAUAAUUCAAACACAUACCAUGCUUUUCUUUUUACAUCAAAUAUUCUUUAAGGGGGUGUACCUAGUGAUGCAAAAAAUAAGUAACUUUCAAGAACUGUUUUGUAUGACACUAUAAGGUUUAUUUGUUACAUUUUUUAUAGUGAAAAGUACAUAUUUUUCCGUUAUAUAAAAAAUGUUGAGAUAUGGCGGAAAUACAGCUAUCGGCUCUAGGCAGGUUACAAAUCGUGGCUCUGUGAUACCAGAUGUAUCUUCCACAGGAGUUAAUAAAAAAAAAAAAACCAAAGAUGAUCUUAAAAUAUAUUAGUAAAACUUGUCUUUAUUAUAUCCGUUUUCUAAAUUUUGUUAAAAAAAAUGGUCGUACAAAUUUUAAGUAGUGAUUUUUUAUUUAAAAAAUCAUGUUUUUUUGAUAAUGGGGAAACUAAGCAUUCAAAACAACCUAUGAUAGAGA